AUGGAGAAAUCCGAGCCCUUUUCGGCCUUUAACACCAAAAAAGCUUCGUGGAAGUCCCGCAUCUUCUCGCGGACCGGCGCUCUUUACGCCAUUAUCUUCUUUUUGGUGGCGUCACACCUUCACUUGUCUUGCCCAGUUCGCCAUGCCCAGAAACCAAAAAAGCAGAACGUCAUCUUCAUGGUGACCGACGGCAUGGGCCCGGCAUCGUUGUCACUUGCUCGCUCUUUCAAGCAGUACAGAGACCACUUGUCUAUUGACGACAUUUUAACCAUCGACAAGUACCUUACUGGAUCUUCGAGAACCAGGUCAUCCAGCAGUUUGGUGACCGACUCUGCUGCGGGAGCCACGGCUUUUAGCUGUGCUCUCAAGUCUUACAAUGGUGCCAUUGGCGUGGAUCCUCACAAGAACGCCUGUGGAACCAUUUUGGAGGCGUUGAAGUUGGACGGAUACCUUACAGGAUUAGUUGUGACCACCAGAAUCACCGAUGCCACGCCAGCAGCAUUUUCUGCACACGCAGACUACAGAUUCCAGGAGGACUUGAUUGCACAGCACCAGUUGGGUGAAUACUCGUUGGGUCGUGUCGUGGAUUUAAUUAUUGGAGGAGGCAGAUGUCACUUUUUGCCUAAUUCCGAAGGUGGGUGUAGAGCUGACUCUAGAAACUUGGUGGAAGAUGCCAAGAAGAACAACUGGACAUAUGUGGGAGACCGUGAAAGCUUUGACGCUUUGGACGGCGGAAACAACGUCCAGUUGCCUCUUUUGGGACUUUUGGCUAACACCGAUAUUCCUUACGACAUUGACAGAGACUCGGCUGAAUACCCAUCGUUGGCUGAGCAGGUCAAGACUGCUUUGACAGCGCUUAGCAAGGCCACCGAAAAUUCAGACAAGGGCUUCUUUUUGCUUAUCGAAGGUUCUAGAAUUGAUCAUGCUGGCCACCACAACGAUCCUGCUGCUCAGGUGAGAGAAGUUUUAGCAUACGACGAUGCAUUCAAGGAAGUUAUCGACUUCAUUGACUCUUCUGACGUUGAAACCGUCGCCAUCUCCACAUCUGACCACGAGACUGGAGGUUUGGUCACCGCCAGACAGGUUUCACCAAGCUACCCAGACUACUUGUGGUACCCACACGUUUUGUUGAACAGCACGCACUCUGGAGAACAUUUGGCAAGAAAAGUUUCUGAGACCAAGAGGUCUGGUAAGUUUGACGCUACCGUGUUCGGUCUGUACGUCGCCAAAGAAGUGAUCGAGAAGGACAUGGGAAUUGCCAGCUACACUAAGGAGGAAGUUGAGCAGAUUUGCGAAUUGAGUGACAAACCCGACCAGCUCUUGUACUUCCUCAAUAACAUGAUCUCGGUGAGAUCUCAAACCGGCUGGACCACCCACGGCCAUUCGGCUGUGGAUGUGAACAUCUAUGCUCAUUCCAACUCUGCCAGAAUUAACUCGUUGCUUUACCACCGUGCUCCAUACACUGGACUUCUUGGAAACCAUGAGAAUAUCGAAAUUGGCUCGUUCAUGGAGAAGUUAACUGGUGUCGACUUGCUGGAGAUCACCAAGUUAGUCCAAGGUGCCAACAAGCAAGAUGCAACAGUAGCAAUCAAGGAAGAUGCUACAGUGGCUUACAAGGAUGACGUCCAUUACCAUGCUGUUGAAUGGAAUCAAAUUUAA